AUUGGGCACGAUGAUGGUGGUGGAUUUGAACCUGAGUCUGAUAAGGCCACUGAGGAGGUAGGAGAAAAAUUGACUAGCGGAGCAGAUUCCCCUAAACCAGAAUCUGUGGAUACCAAUGCUUCAGAGCCAGAGGUUGUAGCUGUCCAAAGUGGAACUGAACCGAAGGAUAUGGUAGAAGCUAACGGAUUGGAUAAGGGUAUGAGUUAUGCUGAGGUAAUUAAGGCAGCUAGUGCAGUAGCUGACAAUGGAACCAAGGAGGAGGAGAGUGUGUCCAGUGGCGUUGUUAAUGAAGAAGAAGGUGUUAAGUUAACCAACAAGGGAUACUUUGUAGUGGACUCAUCUGCUAUAAAAGCUGUGGAUGUAGAU